GGGGAGGCCGGCAGCUUGCAGUUUUCAAGAUGGCCGAGCUGGAUGCUGACUUGGAUCACAUCAUUCCAUCUUCUGCCCUUCCCCGUUCCUGGGCUAAGUUAGUAGUAGGAUUUGUUUCCCUCGUGUGUUUUGCCAGGAGCUAUGAUGGAGAUUUUGUCUUUGAUGACUCUGAAGCUAUUGUUAACAAUAAGGACCUCCAGUCAGACACACCCCUGGGGGACCUGUGGCAUCAUGACUUCUGGGGCAGUAGACUGAGCAGCAAUACCAGCCACAAGUCCUACCGGCCACUCACUGUCCUGACCUUCAGGAUCAACUACUAUCUGUCAGGAGGGUUCCACCCUGUGGGCUUCCACGUGGUCAACAUCCUCCUGCAUGGUGGCAUCUCCAUCCUCAUGCUAGAUGUCUUCUCAGUGCUGUUUGGCGGCCUGCAGUACACCAGCAAAGGCCGGAGGGUACACCUGGCCCCCAGAGCGUCCCUGCUGGCGGCACUGCUGUUUGCUGUCCAUCCAGUGCACACCGAGUGUGUCGCUGGUGUUGUUGGCCGCGCAGACCUCCUGUGUGCUCUGUUCUUUUUAUUAUCCUUCCUUGGCUACUGUCAAGCGUUUAAAGAAAGUAACAAGGAGAAAACACAUUCUUCCACCUUCUGGGUGUUGCUGAGUAUCUUUCUGGGAGCAGUAGCCAUGCUGUGCAAAGAGCAAGGAAUCACUGUGCUGGGCUUGAAUGCUGUGUUUGAUAUCCUGGUGAUAGGAAAAUUCAACGUUCUGGAAACUAUCCAGAAGGUACUACGUAAGGACAAAUCAUUAGAGAACAUUGGUGUGCUCAGGAAUGGAGGCCUGCUCUUCCGAAUGACCCUGCUCACUCUCGGAGGGACCAGCAUGCUCUAUGCACGCUGGAAAAUCAUGGGCACAGGUCCACCGGCAUUCACUGAGGUGGACAAUCCAGCCUCCUUUGCGGACAGCAUGUUGGUUAGGGCCAUAAACUAUAAUUACUACUAUUCGCUGAAUGCCUGGCUGCUACUGUGUCCCUGGUGGCUGUGUUUUGAUUGGUCAAUGGGCUGUAUCCCCCUCAUUAAGUCAGUUGGUGACUGGAGGGUAAUUGCUCUAGCGGCACUUUGGCUCUGCCUAAUUGGCCUAAUAUUCCAAGCCCUGUGCUCUGAAGAUGGCUGCAAGAGAAGAAUCCUUACUCUAGGUCUGGGAUUUCUUGUGAUUCCCUUCCUUCCUGCAAGCAACUUGUUUUUCCGGGUGGGCUUCGUGGUCGCAGAGCGCGUCCUGUACCUCCCAAGCGCUGGCUACUGCAUGCUGCUGACCUUUGGGUUUGGAACCCUAAGCAGAUACACAAAGAAGAAGAAAGCGGUUGCUGCCGUUGUCCUGGGAAUUCUACUCAUCAACGCGCUGAGAUGUGUGAUCCGCAGCGGCGAGUGGCGGAGCGAAGACCGCCUCUUCCGGAGUGCCCUGUCUGUGUGUCCCCUCAAUGCUAAGGUUCACUACAACAUUGGCAAAAACCUGGCUGACCAAGGCAACCAAACAGCAGCCAUCAGAUAUUACCGGGAAGCAGUCAGACUAAAUCCCAAGUACAUCCAUGCCAUGAAUAACCUCGGGAAUAUCUUAAAGGAAAGGAAUGAACUGCAGGAAGCUGAAGAGCUGCUGUCACUGGCUGUCCAAAUACAGCCAGACUUUGCAGCCGCGUGGAUGAAUCUGGGCAUAGUUCAGAAUAGCCUGAAACGGUUCGAGGCAGCAGAGCAAAGCUACCGGACAGCAAUUAAGCACAGACGGAAAUAUCCAGACUGCUACUACAACCUUGGGCGGCUGUAUGCAGAUCUAAAUCGCCACGUGGACGCAUUGAACGCAUGGAGAAACGCCACUGUACUGAAGCCGGAGCACAGCCUGGCGUGGAACAACAUGAUCAUCCUCCUGGACAACACGGGUAAUUUAGCCCAGGCUGAAGCAGUCGGAAGAGAGGCACUGGAAUUAAUUCCCAACGAUCACUCUCUGAUGUUCUCCUUGGCAAACGUGCUGGGGAAAACCCAGAAAUACAAGGAGUCUGAAGCUUUAUUCCUCAAGGCAAUUAAAGCAAAUCCAAAUGUUGCAAGUUACCAUGGUAAUUUAGCUGUGCUUUAUCAUCGCUGGGGACACCUCCACUCGGCCAAGAAACACUAUGAGAUCUCCUUGCAGCUCGACCCCGUGGCAGCAGGCACGAAGGAGAAUUACAGCCUCCUGAGAAGAAAGCUAGAACAAAUGCACAAGAAAGAUGUCUGAUCUUCUCCCCCACGCUUUGAGCUUGCACGCGUGUGCGUGAGGCCUCAGUUCAGAUUGUGCGUUUGGGCUUAGCCACUUAAAGUUCUCAGACUUUUUUGAUUAUCCCACUGUUACUUUUUUUCCCCCCCUAUGAAAACAAAGACAUGCAAAAAGAUUAUAGCACCAGCAAUAACACUCUUGAAUGCUUGAGAGGAUUUUUGCGUUGAAAUUGUAUUUUUUCACACCACCCAAAUGUGAUUCUAAAAUCUCAAAGAUGAAGCCUAUUUUUUUUUUUUUUUAACUUAACUAAACAGAAAAAGGAGAAAAAAUUAUCUUGAGCAACUUUUGCCCAUGUUAAACCUGCAUUUGGGGUGUGGCUGUCAUGAUGAGAUGGCGAGACCUAGCCAUGACUGACUCCCACAACUUGCAUAAGCGUCAUGUGUCUUGUGUGUCUGUAUGUUAGCAUGUUUAUUUAAUGACGAGGAAGAGUAAAUUAAGAUUUGGGGGUUUUUAUGUCUCUUUGCAACUGUAUACUUGAAGUUUGUAGGAAAUUAUUCACUCUUUUGUGUUGAACGGGAUAAGUAAUAGAAUGAAGAAGGGAAAUUUUUAGCAUCUGGUAUAUCUUUAUAUAUCUGUAUACUUUUUCUUUCAUAGGAAGGUAUUGACUCCCACUCAUUUUUGGGGUGUGUGUGUUCCAACAUGAAUGAUAUUAGUACACAGGAUAAUAUUCUAUGGAAAGCUGCCACUGGCGGAAGAGUAACCCUGCUGUGUUUAGGCAAACAUAGGCAGCCUACCAUCUUGGUUUCUGUUCUGUCCAGUGUUCAGAGGGCUGUGUGUCUGUGUACAUUGUGUUUUCAUGUUUUUAGCUGUGAAGUGGGUUCCCGUUUCACAUAAUGUACCUACAGAUGCUGCUCCGUCCAGAAAAACGCAAAAAAAAGGUAAAUUUUCUUACAAAAGGAGUCAAAGUUCUGGAUUGUGUGGUGUUCUUAAAAAAAAAAAAAAAAAGAGUUCUUUUUUUCCUUCUCUUACUAGAUCUCAACCAUGUGUUUACUUAAUUUGUUCUUUAUAUACUGUUGACCUAAUAAUGUAUGCAAUCUCUGUAAUUAGAAAUUGCAGUAAAAUUGCCACUCGUCAUAGUUUC